AUGACUUUGACAAGGUCUUGCCUAGAUGCCGUAUUGUCAUCUUUGAUGUGGGAGGAUGAAAAUGCAGAUUUUAGUCAUGGUGCAAAUUUCGCAGUAUCAGGGGCUACUGCUUUAUCAGUGGAAUCCCUAGAAGAGAAUAACAUUGCUAUGUCCUUCACAAAUAGUACAUUAAGUGUGCAACUUGAUUGGAUGUCUUAUCAUUUCAAAUCCAUUUGUUCCCCUGAUUGCUCAAAAUAUUUGGAAAAGUCACUUUUCAUACUUGGAGAAAUAGGAGGAGAUGACAGCUAUUAUGGCUUAAAGCAAAGUAAAACCAUAGACGAGUUGCGAAGAAUGACGCCAGAAAUUGUUCACACCAUCAUUAAUAGUGUUAGAACAAUCAUUGAUUUUGGGGCUACCCGUAUUAUAGUUCCAGGCAAUUUUCCAGCAGGUUGUUUCCCAAUUAUACUAUCGUUUUACAUGACCAAUCCCUCAACUGCCUACGAUGAGUACCAUUGCGUGAAAGAAUGGAACAAUGUUUUAAUUUCUUACAACAAUCAUUUGCAACAAGCAAUUCAUGAGUUGAAGAGAGAAUAUCCAAACAUUUCAAUCAUUUAUGGUGAUUACUACAACGCUUAUCUCUGGCUUCAACAAAAUGCCGUCGCUCUUGGAUUCGAGAAAAAUACUCUACAGCAGGCAUGUUGUGGAUUAGGAGGAGACUAUAAUUAUAAAGAAGAUAUGAAGUGCGGGGAUCCGAGAGUUCCAGUGUGUGCAGAUCCAAGUACUUACAUAAGUUGGGAUGGAGGUCAUUUGACACAAAAAGCAUAUAACUGGAUAACAAAAUGGUUAAUCAAUGAUAUAUUACCCCAAUUAAAUUGUCAUGUUUAAAUUAAAUAUAACUUAUAUAAAUCAGAUAGUGUUAAGAUUUAAUUACAUCAUUUCUCUAUUC